UUUUAUUUGUUAGGGGGCAACUUGUAAUGAAAAAAGUCAGGGCCGAAAAGAGGCUUUACAGCCUUUACUCGUUAAAAGGAAACAUCCCGGUAACAAGUAAUAACCCAGCAUCUCGACCGCUCCUCUCCCGUCCUCCACUAAACUCACCUCAUCUUUGCCCUACUCAGCAGUCUGCACCGCCGCAUCGCCACCCAGUAUCACCCACCAGCCGUCAACCCAACCCUCCCAUUACGACCUCCUCCAGCGAAGCUUCUCGUCGAUAGCUUCGUUCCUCCUGACUCCGCCGCUCUGCUUUGCCAUCUCUUCCCUGCCUUCUACUUCGCCACUCUAAACAGCUACUUCUCGUUGCGGCGGCCAACUUUGGGCGCACUCGCUUCCGCUUAUUAACUACCUAACCGUACAUUAGGCAUUGUUAACAGUGUACAUAUCAGACACUAUGGGCACUUCCGAUCCACCAAUCAAGGUCGACCUAGAAGACGAGCUCGAAGGCGAGCUAGUUGGUACCAAGGAUUACUUCUUUUCCAAGAUAGGCGAGUCCGUACCGUUGAAGCCCGAUGAAGACUCCAACUACGACCCUGAAUCCCUUCCUUCUCAGCCUCUUGCAGUCUCCGAACGCUUCCGUCUCGUUUUCGUCGCUCAUUCUUCGGGGUUCUUUGUUGUAAGGACGAAGGACGUUAUUGAUUCGGCAAACGAAUUUAAAGAGAAGGGAAGUGGUUCUCUUGUACAACAGCUGAGUCUCGUUGAUGUCUCUAUUGGUAGGGUUCACUGUUUGGCUCUUUCCACGGAUAACUCAACUUUGGCAGCUUCGGUCUCCGGCGACAUACGGUUUUACUCUGUACCUAAUUUCUUGAAUAAGGAAGUGAAGCAGUCUUUUUCCUGUUCACUCAAUGAUUCGGCCACCGUCAAGGACAUGCGAUGGAUAACAACAUCAGAAAAUUCAUUUGUUGUGCUUUCAAAUACGGGAGUGCUAUAUUAUGGAGAGGUUAAUUCUCCCCUUAAAUGUGUGAUGGACUCUGUUGAAGCUGUUGAUUGGGGCAUAAAAGGGAACUUUAUUGCUGUGGCAAGAAGGAAUGUUCUAAGUAUUUUAUCGGUUAAGUUUGAAGAAUGGAUUUCAAUUUCGUUAUCCUUCAAAUCCUGGAUUGGUGAUUCUGACCUGAAUUGUAGCAUAAAAGUGGAUUCUGUCAAGUGUGUUCGAUCUGAUUCCAUUAUAAUUGGAUGCUUGCAAUUUACUGAAGAUGGCAAGGAGGAAAAUUAUCUUCUCCAAGUUAUUAGAAGUAGAAAUGGUGAAAUUAGGGCUGGUUGUUCUGAAUUUGUUGUCCAAUCUUUCUCUGAUAUCUACCUAGGACUUAUUGAUGACAUUGUACCAUUUGGAAGUGGACCCUACCUUUUAUUGGUGUACCUAGAACAAUGCGAGCUUGCAAUCCAUGGCAACAAGAAGAAUACGGAUCAGCACAUUAUGUUAGUAGGUUGGUCAGUGGAUGAUUAUAAGAAUGAAGCUGUGCUUGUUGAUAUUGAAAGGGAUAAUUGUGUUCCAAGAAUUGAGCUUCAGGAAAAUGGUGAUGAUAAUUUGCUCUUGGGUCUAUGUAUUGAUAAGGCAUCAAUAUAUCAGAAAGUGGGAGUUGAAAUUGGUGUGGAGGGAAGGAAAGAGCUCUCACCACAUUGUGUUCUCAUAUGUCUUACAUUAGAUGGAAAACUUGUUUUGUUCCAUGUUGCUAGUCUUGCAGGCCGUGAAGUUUCAGCUGAUGUUCCUGCUGUCAUUGAGGGAGAUGCUUCUUUGAAGCUACCCGUGGAGAAUCCUUCCACUGUUUCUCAUGGAUUUCAGAAAGAGGAAUCAGAUCAGGCUUAUGAAGUAAGUGAGAAUCAGAAAUCCAAGGCUAUUGCCAAUUCUAAUCAAGUGGCAAAAACUGAAGAUUUUGUUAAGCACCCAGAGGUGGAGUCACUGUCAAAUUUGAAGUCUAAUAUUAAGCAAACAGUUCAAAAUGUAGUAGAUCUGAACCAUGCCACUGAUAGUAAUAGUGCAUCUACCUUUGAGCAACGGGCAAACUUAGGUCAAAAUCCUGCAGCACUUGGAUCAAAUAUUGGCUCUUUUAUGACAAACACUCAUUCUGCUACUCCUGUUUUGUCAUAUAAUAACACUUCACAGAAAACUACUGUGAUGUCUAAGGUUCCAUUGAAUACAAACAGUCCAUGGGACUCACAGAGACCUUCUCAUCAUUCACCUAGUGAAACAUCUUCAAUUCCAAAAGGAUCUGACUUCUCCUCAUUUUCAACGUCAAGCCCUAUUGGUGGUGUGGGUUACCAAAGUCAAAUAUAUACUAGGGGCAGUACAAAUGUUCACAGUACCAAAGUUCCUGGAAGCAUCGAUCAAAAACCCUCUCUUGUACAGGACAAUUCUGCCAUUAGGCCUAUUCAAAGUACAGAACAAGUUACUACAAUAAGAUCCGCAAAUACACAACCAGUCUCAGCAUUUUCCUCACAUUUGUCUUUGAAUGGAAAUGCAACAGCUGGCAAGUCUUCUACUCGGAAAUUUCAUCCUUCUAAUGAGCAGCAUGGAACUCCAUCAAUGCUUGGGAUCUCAAACUCUGAUUUAUCAAAGCCGUUUAGCAAUAUCAAUGAGAUGACAAAAGAACUGGAUCUACUGUUGAGGUCGAUAGAAGAGGCUGGUGGAUUUAAAGAUGCUUGCACUAAGUCACUAAAAAGUUCAAUUGAAGCAGUGGAGCAAGGCAUGGAGACCUUAUCUAGAAAAUGCAAAUUUUGGAUGUGCCAAACGGAAGAACAUGUUGAGGAGGUUCAUUAUCUACUUAAUAAAACCAUACAAGUUGUGGCACGAAAAAUAUACAUGGAAGGCAUAUAUAAACAAGCUGCUGAUAGCCGAUAUUGGGACCUCUGGAAUCGCCAAAAGCUGAAUUCGGAACUAGAGCUAAAGCGACAACAUAUUUUGACUCUGAAUCAGGAUUUGACAUAUCAAUUAAUUGAACUGGAGAGGCACUUCAAUGGCCUUGAACUGAACAAGUUCAGUCAAUAUGGUGGCCGUAAUAUAGAUCAUGGAGCUUGUCAAAAUAGAUAUGGACCUCCUAGACACAUGCAGUCAAUGCAUAGUCUACAUAAUGCAAUUAGUUCACAACUUGUAGCUGCUGAGAAUCUCUCUGAAUGCCUUUCUAAACAAAUGACAACAUUGAGUUUAAGCUCUCUACCUAAGGAACAAAAGAAUGUGAGAGAGUUAUUUGAAACAAUAGGAAUUCCGUUUGACAAUUCUUUUGGCUCUCCAGCCAUGAAAGAUGUGAGGACCCCUUUAGCUAAGCAGCUUGUCUCUGGUUCGACUUCUAAGAAAGAUCAAUCUAAAAGAAUUCAAACCAGUGCUAUGAAGAGUUGUGAACCAGAAACGGCUAGGAGGAGGAGAGACUCACUUGACCAGAGUUGGGCCUCCUUUGAACCACCUAAAACCACAAUCAAAAGGAUGCUGCUAAAAGAACCGCAGAAACCAAACCGGAAUGGAUCAUUCUCUUCGUUGAAGAAAGAAAAGGUUCAAACUUCUAUGAUGACAGAAUCUGCUUCUCAAAAAUCAGAUGCGGGAACACCUUCAAUUGCUUUCCCUGCAACUAAAAUGAAAGACGAAUUUGACGCCUACACCCUCCGUAAAUCCACCGGUAAAACCACCGCUAAUGAAGAAGUAGACAACGACGAUGAUGACAAUAACAAUAACGAUAAUGACAAUGAUGAUGAAUAUGGAGAAGGAGGUGGUUGUGAUGGUGACGGCAACGAUGAUAACGAAAGGAAAAGAUGA